UGGUCAGGAAUCAGGAUAACCGUUGGAGUGUGUGUGUGUUUUUCCCGUUGGUGUAAUGUGACACCGUGAAUGGGGCCGGGCCUCAGUCGGCUCCCGAAACAGGUUGCAUGACACACACUCGGGUGGGGCUUCUCUCUUCUUUUUCCUAUUGUAAUCUGCUGGGCUGUCCACGCCACACCUUCCCACCGACGCCGUGUAUCGCGCUCAGAGACGCGCGGGGCUCUACAUAACCGGACCGACCGCACACACGCGCGCACACACGGCUCCUUUCCUCCCUCGCUUCCCGAAGGCACUCCACGAUCGUCGGUCAUGUUUCGCUGUGGAAUCGCGUACCCCCGGUGCAGGUGGAUCGUGCCCCUGCUGCUGCUCUUCGCCAUUAUUUUCGACAUCAUCGCCAUCGCGGCCACGUCGGGCUGGAUCGAGGACGAGGAAGGCAAAUCCCACUACAGCAGCAUGUGGGAACAGUGCCGCGGCAUUAAUGGCAACUGGGACUGCAAGACGCUCAUGGAAUACCCUUGGGCCCAGGCCGUGGCCGCUCUGAUGAUCAUCGGCCUCCUCAUCCUCAUCGUCGCCUUCAUCAUCGCCUGCGUGGGGCUGUGCUGCUCGCUCAACUUGACUCUCAUGCCGCUCAUCGGAGUGAUGUGCAUCAUCGUCGUGGUGCUCCAGAUCAUCGCCCUCAUCAUCUACCCCGUCAAAUUCAACGAGGGGCUCUUCGAGGGCCACUACUACUACACCUGGGCCUACGGCUUCGGCUGGGGGGCCACCAUCCUCUGCAUCGGCUGCGCCGUCCUCUUCUGCUGCCUGCCCCGCUACGAGGAUGAGCUGAGCGGCCUGGCCAAGACCAAGUACCUCUACCCCUCGGCUUGAAACGCCACACCUGCAGGCCCGACCUGCCCCGGACCCGCCCCGCCCCCCACGCUGCCCAGUGAACAUUUCUACACGUUUCACUUUAGAGCAGCGACAGCUCGGUUGAGUUCAGUUAGAUUUGGUUCGGCGGUGGAAAGCCUCUCGAGUCCGGAGCGGGUGGGGGGUGGGUGGGGGGGUGGGUGGGUUUACUGGAAGUCGACUGCAAUUGGAUGUCACAACUGCUUUAAUAUACAAAGUUCUAUUUUAGAUGAAGUCUUCAUUAUAGAAAAAAAAAAAAACUUCUUUUUCCAUUCUGCAUUUAAGUGCGACAUCUUUUAUCUGUUCUUUAUCUGUAGUAAUUCUCAAUGCAAUAUCACCCAAGUGCACUUAACCUAAGGGAAUUUCUCAUAUGUAAAGCAUCAAUCUUAUUUUCAAACUACCUUGGUAGAAGACGAAAACUUGCACAGGAUAGAAAAGGAAUAUUAAUCAUAGUUUGAUUUCCUCCCAUGUGUUAUGAUUUAGGUUUUAUCAGUUCAUCAGUGUUCCUUUUAUUCUGUUUGUGGCCGUGCUUACAGCAAGAAGCAAGCAAACGUUCGGAGUUAAAUAUUUGCGUGUAUUAAGGCAGUCUAACAUCUAUGUUUUCCCGUUUUUUAUGAUUUCUGAUGUGUUUUAUAUUCUUAGUUAUUACUAAAGGGGUUUAACUGAGGGAGAUUGCUUUGCUGUUGCUGUUUCCGGUUCUGAGCCCUGCUAAUAGUAAUAAUAAUAAUAGACUCCAUGAAUGUGGACUUUGUCAACCGCACUCUAAACUGGAACCAAAUUCAAAUUUUAAAAAACGUCAAAUGCCUGAGUCUGAUCUCAGAUCGGAUCUUUUGUUGCCUCACAGGGAGACUGCGUUCAGAGAGGAGACUGAACAGACAGGUUUUCUCGUAGGUUUUGCUGUUGCCCUUUUGGCUUCCUGCUGGUUUUGUGACGCACUGGGAAUAAAGUAUUCAAUCCCCAGACACGCUGUGUGUGUGUGUGUGUGUGUGUGUGUGAACCCGGUGCCUCAGCCUCUUUGGUGGUGUGUUUUUGAAUGUCCCAUCAAAACGGACACACGUUUAAUCCCUGUCAACAGUUACGUUUCUUUCCAUUCCAGGACCUAAUAGGCGUCCAAACCAGACAGUUCCUGCAGCAAAUUCCUGCAUAAAUGACGAACCAAAUUGAAUCAAUUGUUUGUUUGUUAAAUAACUGCGCUUUUACUUACGGGGGGCACGGGCUUUAGUCAUUGAAUGGAUAUAUCAUGUACUAAAGAAAAUGUUUUGUUAACAUUCAGCCACUUCUUCAAAUCACCCGGCUGGUUUCUCUGCUGUAGUAUGAAUUGAUUAUUUUUGGUAGUCUUAUGUAUUUUUACGCAAUAAAAAGUUUCUUUUUUGAA